UAUAAGCUUGCAAUCUUUCAAAAUAUUUUUUAUUGUAAGAGAAAAUUUCAAUCAAAACUAAUACAUUUGUUCUUGUAGAAGGGUUCCUGUCGUAAUUUAAAGUGACAAAUCCAUGAUUAAAAACAGCCAAUUUUUAAAGAGACAAAGACAAAGGUUCAAGGGGUUCUAUGCCAGACUAUAAUAAAGGUCUAUACAUACCUAGAGUCACUUUGUUUUUCUUUUUGAACCAAAAAUAUGUUAAGGAUUCUGGACUGUUAUAUUGCCGUGGUGUUCCCAUUCUUCCAUCAAGUUUACUUAACCCAGGAGAAUGCGCUGUCAAGUUCUGUAGUGUCAUGGUUCUUCUCUCUCUUUACAUCAUCACUUUUCUACUUUGCGGGACUUACAAAGUGCAAGGGAUGCCAUCUUGAAUCAUACUUCUUCUUCAUCCAAACCAAUGCUUUUAAAUUUGGCAUGGUGUUGCCCUACCUGAUUUGCCUACUCACAGCUACCUACUUCUCACUCCAUGUAAUCGUUGUUGUUGUGGGAAAGCACAAACAGAUCAAACAGAUUGUUCCCCUAGAACUGCAAGUCAGUGGAAACCAUGAGGAAGAGGAUGGAACUGCGGCCAAUCCCCCGUGCCAUCACUCGGACUCAACUCCUCCAUCCCAGUCAACAGUUGCAUCAUUUCCAAUUCCAUCAACAUCUCACCCAAAUCCUGUAUCCUUUCCAACUCCAGCAUCCAUCUCAACAUCCUUCCAUACUGCGCCAUCUUGUCAAUCAUCAUCAUCCUUUCCAGCUCCUAUGACCGUUCCUAAUGUGAGAUCUAUCCGUUCAACACUUCCUUCCCCAUCUCGAGCUCCAUCUACUUCAACAAUGACCAGCUUUGAUAAACCAGUCUACUACAUCAUGAGAUAUGACAAGGCAUUUCGGUUGGGAAAUCCUAGCUGCGCUAAUAAUAAUGGAGCAGUUGACUUUACAGAUUUAGAGGCAGUAGAAGCAGGACAGCCAGCCUCAAACUUUAGGUUAAGUGAUGAAACUCUGAUAUCAGUUCCAGUCACACUUCCAGUUCAGAUUCAGCCUCAAAGGCAAAGACCUCCAAGACCUCCAGUUCAGUUUCUUAGAAGACACCACUCACAGGCAACUAGAGAAUAUUGUUUGUUAUGUUGUUUUUAGCUUUGAUAAGAAGGGAUUGCAUCUUUGGUAGUUAACAGAUCUUAUUUUUUUGAGUAUGGGGUUUUGUUUGUAUUUUAAGUUGAUAUAUUGAGUGGCAUUUUAAAAAAAGUAGCUGAAAAGCUAGACUUAAGGAGUAAAAACACAAAAGUUGACUUUUCUUCUUUCCCAAAAUGUCCAGCUCUUAUUUCAUUUAUCCCAAGCAUUAAAAAACUAAUACUCUGAUUAUCUUAGGUCAUAAACUUGAACCAGGGAAAUAUUCAGGUAAAAAUCAUUCAUUAAACAAAAUUAAAAAUUGAAUAAGUUUAUAGCUAUGAAAUAAUUAAUUUUUAUUUUCAGUCUCAGAUCUCAUCAAUGAUCAAGGUAAAUAAAAGAAUUUAUAGUGCAAUUUACUGUUUUGGGGGUUUGUUGAACCUGUAAACAUAAUUGCAGGGAAAACAAUUACAUCUAAAAGAGUAAUAUUGUGAUUUUGACCUUUUGUUACCAAAAGAGAUAAUAAUUUUUAUUUAAAGGCAUGUUUGAAGAUGAUCCAGAUUUUCAUCCUUUUACUGGUCACUCUACUCUGUUUGUUCCUUCCUACACUCUUUUAUACGGUAAAACACAUCUAUUAGAGGUUUCAUUUGAACUAUUAAAAUCAAAUUCAUAAUUAAUUUUUAUCUUAAGAUUGAAACUAUACUAAAAAAGAUUGUUAUAAACUCAGAUUUUUUUAAAUAUCAAGGGUUUAUACGAUUAGGAUGCAAAGUGAUUAGAAAAUUUGAGUUUGCGGCAAAGAUUCAAUUUGUUUCUGUAAAGGCGCCAAUGAAAAACCAGUAAAAACUUCUGAAAAUAAAAGCAAUAAAAGCAAACUUGUCCAGCACGCAAUUUAGAAAUAGGAUUUGCAUCCCAGAUUCUUGUGAAGCCAUCAAAAACGCCUAAAAUCUUAGAAGGAUUAAUCUAAGUUGAAUUGAUCCGGGAUUAUCUUCUCUUAAACGUUUUUUAGCAUAUCACACUUUUCUCUUUACUGUGGGUCUACCUUUAAUUCACAAAAGAUUUUAAUAGGUUAUCAACAGCUUCAGAAUAGGUUUUAUAGUCCUUUAACAAUCCAAAUUGAUCCAGAAUAGUGUUAAGUAAUUGGUAACUGAGAUUCAAACCAAUCAAUCAUUACUGUAAGGUCUCUAUAUAAAAUAUCAAAGGUGUUUUAUUUUUAGAAUACAAAUGAGGACGUGGAAGAAUAUGCCAUUGCUUGGAAGGUAAAUUUUUGUGCCUAAAAAUCUUGCAAUUAAAAUUUUCAACAGAUUUUGAUUUAGUGGAAGCAUGGUAUAUUUUCUAAAAAAAACAUUAAUUAAAUACAAUGGAAAUUUUCUUUUACUU